UCUGGCUCUCCCCGCGGUGCGGAUGUGUAGCUUGAGUUUAAAUUUCCAAAAAAAACUAAUAAUCGACCCUACUUACUACGGUGACGUGUUAGGGAUACGAAAAAGUGUAUUGUGAUGCAAAAGUGAUAUUUUACAGUGAAUUUAAAGUUUUUGUGUGUGUGGAUUGAACCGGUAUACCGUUGCGUUACGCUCCGGUGGUUCGGUUAAUAACAGUUGGAUCUACAGUCACUGUAAUAGUGGCUUGCUAAGAUUUAGUGCCCGGAAAGGUCACUUACCUUUUACGGGUAGCGUUGGAGACAAGUGAAUACCUAGUAAUUUAUUUUACCGUCACUACAUUUUCAACUUGAUUAUAAUAGCAUUGCGUAAAUCUGCAUUGAUAUAACAUGUGGUUUUCGUUGUACAGAUGCAUAAACGCUAACACAUAGACGAACAAUAAGUGAUACAACUGUGAUAGUAAAUAGUGUAAGUGAGAGAUAUGACUUUAAAAUUUUGAGUAAUUUACUAACAAUGGAACGAAAAUUAACGCGAGAGGACUUUAUGCGAAAAAGCUUUAGGAUGAAAGCGACUGCAGCAACUGAACAAGAGCCUGCAGUGAAUGGAGCUCCGCCACCGUCACCAGUUUCCUUAGCCAUGCUUGAAAGGAACCCACAGCCACAAAGAGCUUAUUACGAAGUGACGUCUUCGGGAAUUGCACCUAAGAAGUUAGAAAUCAACAAAGCUCACCCGAUACAUUUAAAAUCUUUUCAAACCGAGCCACCUGACGAGCCAGCUCCAGUUCCACCAUCAGAUGAUGUUUUACGAAAACUCGAGAGGCAGAUUGGUGAAAUGGAGCGAGGACUGGAAAGAACCAAAAACGGCACUGUGGCUGUCAAUGAAAGGGUUAGAUACGCUGAACAUGAAAACCUGCUACGGACUGGCGUUUCCUCCGUUGGUGGUGGACAAUAUUUAGCAGCCGAUUCCGAUACAGAACAUGAUGUAACACCAUUUAAGAGGAACGAAACUAUAAGAAGUAGUACGGGUGGAACUACUCCAGCGCCCCGACCUGCUACAAGGUUGUCGAGAACCAAUUCAGAUACGCAACAACAUCAAAUUGCUGCAACUGCAAGGCUAAUGAGGAAAUUGGCUGAUGGGGGUACUAAAGAUGAGAAAACUAAGGUUAUAUCAAGGAAAGCGAUCCAAGCAAGGAUAGAUAAAGUGAAGAACUCAGUGGUUGGAACGAAGCAUGAACACCGGGUGUUGGCUGAGCACAGGGCUGACCCGGUUUCACCAAAGACAUCUACUUCUUCUACACCUAGCACGGGCGAUAUCAAACGGUCUAUGCAGAGCGCGUCGGACACUUCGACUGGAGCGGGCGGCGGCGCCUCCACCGGCAGCACCCGUGUCUCCUCGCGCAGUCGCACUAAUGAGGAGCCUCAUAUCGGGAAGUAUAAACUCCUGAAGACGAUCGGCAAAGGCAACUUCGCGAAAGUGAAGCUCGCGAAGCAUGUACCCACCGGCAAGGAGGUGGCCAUCAAGAUUAUCGAUAAAACCCAGCUCAACCCCGGAUCGCUGCAGAAACUUUUCAGAGAGGUCAGGAUUAUGAAGAUGCUGGAUCACCCAAACAUCGUCAAGCUGUUCCAGGUCAUAGAGACAGAAAAGACACUCUAUCUCGUCAUGGAAUACGCGUCUGGGGGCGAGGUGUUUGAUUACCUAGUACUGCAUGGUCGAAUGAAGGAGAAGGAGGCUCGAGCCAAAUUCAGGCAAAUAGUUUCGGCUGUGCAGUAUUGCCAUCAGAAACGCAUUAUUCAUAGAGAUCUCAAGGCGGAAAAUCUUCUUCUGGACGGCGAGAUGAAUAUAAAAAUAGCAGAUUUCGGUUUCUCCAACGAGUUCACGCCUGGUUCCAAGCUCGAUACGUUUUGCGGCAGUCCGCCUUACGCCGCGCCAGAGCUCUUCCAAGGCAAGAAAUACGACGGCCCAGAAGUGGACGUGUGGUCACUGGGCGUCAUCCUGUACACGUUGGUGUCAGGCUCGCUGCCGUUCGAUGGCUCCACACUCAGGGAACUGCGUGAGCGUGUAUUGCGCGGUAAAUACAGAAUACCGUUCUACAUGUCGACGGACUGCGAGAAUCUGCUAAAGAAAUUCCUAGUACUGAACCCCGCGAAGCGUGCGUCGCUCGAAAGCAUCAUGCGGGACAAGUGGAUGAACACAGGGUACGAGGAGGACGAGCUCAGACCGUACGUGGAGCCGCAGCAGGACUACAAGGACCACAAGCGGAUAGAAGCCCUAGUGUGCCUCGGGUACAACCGACAGGAGAUCGAGUACUCUCUCGCCGAAGCGAAGUACGACGACGUGUUCGCCACAUAUCUGCUACUUGGAAGGAAAAGCACAGAUCCGGAGUCAGACGGCAGCCGAUCAGGGUCGUCGCUCUCCUUGCGCAACUCGACCGCACAGAAUCAACAGCAGCCUGCCAACGCAAACGCGCACUCAGUGCGUGCGCGGGUAGGGGCGGGCGCGGGCGCGGGAGGCUCGCCGUCGCACCGCGGCGUGCAGCGCAGCAUCUCCGCCACCGCGCGCCCUACUACCAGUCGCCGUGCCUCCUCCGGCGCAGAAGUCUUGCGCACGCAAGUUGGCACGACGACUAGUGCAGCAAAUAAUACCACACCCACUGCCACCACAACCACUUCCAAUUUUAAAAGACAGAACACCAUCGACUCCGCGUCCAUUAAAGAGAAUACUGCGCGAAUGCAACAGAUGCAAGUGCAAAGCACAACGCGGCCGAGCAGUGCGCAGCCGAAACUGGAGCCGCGGACCCGCACACUCGCGACAGGCGGUUCGCGCCGCUCCACCGCGCAAUACGACACACCCGCUCAGCCCGCCAAGCUCUCCCCGCCACACGACACUCCCAGCGCGGCGACAGAGAGUAAGAACGGAUCCGGUACCGGUACAAACGGUACCGGCACUACGAGUGCUAAUAGCAAGACGCACGUGAAAAGUGCGAGCGUUAGCUCUGCGAGCGGCGCGCCGCCUCUCGGGGCUGAUUCGGCGCCUCACAACGCGUCAGCGCGAGACCUGGCACAACCCCGGCCCAGUUUGAACUCCACCCUGACGACGGUCGGCGCGACAGGCGGCACCGGCACGUCUACGGCCGCGAGACGGGAUUUCCCCAAUCCACUCGUGUUCCCUCGGAAUGUACCGUCGCGGUCUACCUUCCACUCAGGCCAGACGCGGACGCGCGGCGCGAGCGCAGGCGGCACGUACGGUGACGGCGGUUCGCCGCACCAGGCGCGCACUUCGUUCUUUUCCAAGCUUUCCUCGCGGUUCUCCAAACGCCUGUCGGUGAUCGGGGAGGCCACAGGGCGCCAGAAGCCCCGUAUAUUCUCCUCACUCGACAUUCAGCGGAGGCCCUUGGACGGUACCACACCGAAGCAUGCCGUAGGCGCUAGUCCACAGCCCGUGCUUGGGCAAGGCAAUGAGGAGCAGGUGAAGCCGAGGGUGCUCCGUUUCACGUGGAGCAUGAAGACUACAUCUUCGCGCGACCCCAACGAGAUAAUGGCUGAGAUUAGAAAAGUGCUGGAUGCGAACAACUGCGAUUACGAGCAGCGCGAGCGUUUCCUGUUGCUGUGCGUGCACGGUGACCCUAAUGCAGACUCGCUGGUUCAGUGGGAAAUUGAAGUCUGCAAGCUACCGAGGCUCUCGCUUAAUGGCGUACGCUUCAAGAGAAUAUCCGGCACAUCGAUCGGUUUCAAGAACAUUGCUUCAAAGAUCGCAAACGAGCUUAAGCUGUGACUGCCCGGGAGCGCCCCGCGCCGCCGCCGCCGCCGCCGACCUGCACCUUCCCCCUCCCCACCCCCAAACGCCUCUCGCUCACCACACUCCCCCACCCCCCACUCUUCGUCCGACGAUCGUUCCACACCACCCCCACCACCUCCUCCCCCGCCAAGAACCGAUAGUCUUCGACUCUCCGCUGAAGAUAUGGUAUUCGUUGCAAACGGAGGUAUGAGGACCCCCUCUGGCGCAUUAGCUCACUUUCUAACAGCGUAUACACCUGCGGAAUUAUCACUCGCACGCAGUGACUAUCUCCGACCCCCUGUCUCUCCUCACCAUUCUACCACGAUACAGCCAAGGUCGUCACUAUCUCUACGAGCAGACAGUGUGGAUAUAGAUCAUAGCAGGAAGAGUUUAAAACCCAGUAUGCCUCAUCAGUCUUAUUCCUACAGCGUUCAUACAUUGCGAAGACAAUCCAGAAUGAGAUCUCCCGAAUGCGAUUGUUUACCCACAGAUCCGAUACCACCACCUGAACUAUUCGAUUUCUAAUAUUCUUGACUGAAUUUUAGAACUUUCGCGCUAAAUUUUGACGUUCUAGAAUUUGUAUAGGGAUGGUAAAUGUAAAAUAAACGAAAAUUUAAUUUAUAACGAAUAAUGUUAAUAACGUUAUAGAUUUAGCGCGAAAUAUACACUAUUUAAUGUCACUUUAGUUGAUGGAAUUGAACGUAUUAUGAGCUCAGACACUGUAUUAAGCUUAUUCGGUCGAGUUUUGAAUAUUUUUGGGUGUUAAAAUGACCAUAAUAUCCCACAAUAUCCUAAUUACGUAUUUAACAUGUUUAUAACGAUUUUUGGAAUUAAAUGGCGGUUGAUCCAGUGUUUUUGAGUACAAUUUAGGCCACGCGGUAUACUACGUGUGUGGGGAAAAUCUAUGUAAAAAUUGUGACUUAGAAUUAUUUAUAAAAUAGAUGGUCAUCAAAGAAUAAUUAAGGAUGUGCCAAGAAAGUGAUGAACUUUUAAGAGCGACGUGUUUAAUGCUUCUACUAUGAGUUAGGUUGCUAGGAAACUUCGUAAUACUGAAUGUAAUUGAAAAGAAUUCAUCCUACGUUUACGUGAAGAAGUGAAAGUGGAGGUGUAGUAAAAGGUUUUUAUAAGAUUUCAGUCCUACCAUGGAGAUCAUGCAGUUACUAUAGACGUUAAACUAGAUGGCGCUAAUAUGAAUAAUUUCGGAAUUAAAAUUAUGAGAAAGAUAUCGCAUUUGACAACUAACGGAAUUAUCAAUUUUUGAAAUAGUACUAUGUUAGUUGUCAUGUGCAAUAUUUGAUUAGUGUUCUCAGUUAAACUGUCCCUUACAAUAGGGCAAAAUUCUGAAUAACGACUUUUUCAUAAGCUAGUUCAAAAUUCCUAAUUGGUUAUACUAGUAUAGCGUUUAUAGUCAUUGGCACGGAUUAAUAGGGAGUGAGAAUUAGUGUUGUACCGUAGUUUUACAGCAUUUGUCACGUUUUAGCAAAACUGAAAAAUAAAUGCAACACUGUAACGAAAAGUUGUAUCACAACUUUUG